GAAUCUUGAUCACUUGAUCAGUAGAGAGUACGAUAACUUUCUCGUUUUAUGUCUUUAUUACUUUUCUCUGAUAAAGAUACCCGCGGUACUGAUUGCAACGGUAUUAUAUAACUAUAUAUUAUCCGAAACUAUAUAAUAGAAAACAUUAUUUAGUAGCACAAAUAUUACAAGGGUUUUUAACUGUAGCAGCUCAAUGUGUCAUUUUUCAUCGUUAAACUUUUACUCUGCAAGAGCAAAAGUGUCACGCGCUUUUUGAAAAUUUCCCUGUUUCCUGGAUCGACUGUCCAGUCUUUCUUUUCUGUGUUAACUAUAUUUACAAGUUCAUGUCCGUUGGCAAAAAAAACUGUUUACAAAUUAAUAAACUGAACUGGGUUUGGUUCUUUAAAAACGAACUAUAUGUGAAAACACCCUUGGAGACAGCUUAACGUGGACCAGGAAUGGGAAUAUGGCUACAUCUGAGCUGAUGCUGAGUAUUGGACUUAUUGAGAAAGAUGUAAAUGCAGACACACUUUGGGUUUGGUGCUACCCGUCCAUCAGUGCUGAUCUAAGAGAGGUUCUGUUGAGGAAAUGUUGCCUGGCUCUGGAUAAUCAGCUUCUGCACACAUUUCUGUUCGGCCAGUACUGUCGAACCUGGUACUACAUCAGCAGUGUAGAGGUUCAAGAGCCCACUGCCCUCAAAAAGGUGACUCAUCUUUCAGUAGCUAUUACAGCUAAGGACUUCAAUCCUGAAAAGUAUGCUGCGUUUGGUAGAGUUUUGUGCAGGAUGUAUAUGAAACAUGGAAGUCCUGUGAAGAUGAUGGAGGGCUACAUUGCUGUUUUGACCAAAGGCAUAUGUCAGAGUGAUGAGAAUGGCUCCUUUCUCAUUAAAGAUUAUGAUGUCAGGAAAGCCUACCUGGCUGGAUCUUUGAAAGAUGUUGUGUCUCAGUUUGGUAUGGAGACCAUUAUCCUUUACACAGCACUGAUGCUGAAGAAGAGAGUGGUGGUCUAUCACCCACGGAUUGAAGCGCUUCUGGAGUUCACAAGAGCUCUUCCCGCCUUGGUAUGGCAUAGGAAAGACUGGUCCAUCAUUCACCCUUUUGUUCAUCUAGACAAUAAUGAACUGGACAAUCUCAAGCUAUGUACAGGGUAUGUUGCAGGAUUUGUGGAUCCUGAAAUUAGAGACAGAUCAGACCUGUUUGAUGUAUAUGUCAAUCUUCCAGAAAGUGAGAUUACUGUAUCACAAAAUGCCAAAGAGUCAAUGUUGAUGGGAAAACUCCAUAAAGAGAUCGGACACUUUAUUGUCCAGACUGCAGAGGAUGCCGAGCGCACAGAUGUGCAGGUUAUUAAGGAUAUUUCGGUAAAAACGAAAGAGAUCCUGAGUAACCUGAUGUCUCUUGCUGGUGAAGCAGAGAACUCAAAGUUGACUUUGGAGACUUUGAAGCAACGGCACUACCCUCCAGCAACAGAAAACUUCCUCUUCCACUUAGCUGCGGCUGAGCAACUCCUGAAGAUCUGACCAAUUACAGCAUCCCAUUAUGCAGUGAAGCACUCACAUGACACACAGCUGUCAUUCUGUGAGGAACUUAACAUUAGCUGUGGAAUUACAAAAUGAAUUUAUAAAAGACUUAGGGUUGUAAUGGGCCAAGAGUUAUGUGAUAAAUAUUUCUUAUAAGGAUAUGUAACAUUUAUUUUUAAAAACUUGUGAAUGAAACAUUGAAUGUGGUAUUCAGUAUCAUGUUUCAGAUAAAUUAUUCAUGCUCAAACGUUAAGAAGUAUCUUGACAAAACAAAUCUAAGGUUUUCAGCGAGCAUUCCUAAGGUUUCCUAUUCCUAAAUUAAUCUGUUUUUAUUAGUUUAAAGCAGUGGUGUCAAACUCAAUUCCUGGAGGGCCGGUGUCCCUGCAGAGUUUAGAUCCAGCCCUAAUCAAAAACACCUGAUGCGUUUAAUCAAGGUCUUCAGGAUUACUAGAAACUUCCAAACAGGUGUGUUGGAGCUGGUUGGAGCUAAACUCUGUAGGACACCGGCCCUCCAGGAACUGAGUUUGACACCCCUGGUUUAAAGGAACAGUAUGUAGGAUUGUGGCCAAAACUGGUACUGCAAUCACAAAACUUGUGGCUAAAACUGGUACUGCAAUCACACAACUGGUGGCCAAUACACAUGACAACAUAAACAUCAGAUGAGGGCUGCAACUCCACUUUUUAAAUGACAAUAUCCUGGCUGGACCACUGUUGUCAGUGAUAAGUAUUUGAAAUGAAAAUGAUUUCUUAAUGUCUAGUGACAUAUCAGGGCAAUUUUAUGAUUCAUUGAUAUACAUUUCUUACAUACUGUUCCUUUAACUACUAGGAUUUGACAGCGAAAAAGGACUGAUAGCUGCCUAACUGAAACAUAUUUGUUUAGCUGUGAAGACUAACACUGUUAUGAAGACUUUUUCUAUACAAACAGUUAAACAGUGUUGAGAUAAGACCAAAAAACCCUGAACAGUGUUACAAAUAGCAUUAUUAUGGCGUGCCAAAUGGUUAUCUUGAAGUUAUGCUGUUGAUUAACAAAUAUGUACUUUAUUCGUCUAAUAAUACUUUAUAUGAUUAUAUUCUCAAAUAUGUAUUUUAAAGGUCUGCACAUGAUAUUGUUGUAGGUCUUAUUUCAUCUCAAAAACCCCUUUUAUCAAGGGCUAUUCUCUGUGCCUAACCUGCUCAAUAAAUAUACUGAUGUGUGCAAUA